CUUUGGAAGUAGUAACUAUUAUAUAAUAUGACAUUCUUUUUGUCUCAAACUCUGUUCGUGUGAUGACAGAAGUAUGCACAUUAUAAAGAUUGGAAUGAACAGUGAUUUUUAUGCUCCCUAAAUCUUUUUUGUCAUUUUAGAAGGAAACACGGGGAUCCAAUUUUUUUUAUAUAAAAACCUAUUUUGGGCAUAUCUUUUCUUUAAUCCAUAUUUUUAAUGGAAGACACUAUGACUGUUGCCCAAUUAAUUUAGUUAUGUUGCUGCAGUCCUGGUUAACCUUACCACACUAUAAAUGUGAUCAUCCAUUUAGAAAUCAUUUCCCACAUGUUUUAAGAAGUGUUGGGUGAGACAGAUUAUAUAUAGCUAUUGUCAACUGUAAUGUUAAAUGUUAUCAUGACUUAAACCACCUUCAAAAGUUCCAAGAAAAUUAGCAGAGUCAUACUUAUGUAAUUUGAUCAGGCUGUAUCUGGAGAACCUUAGAACUGUAUCUAGAGAACCUUGAAAUGAUAUCAGGCUGGAACAGUUUGAACUGAUGUUAAAAGAACCACGUAUUGACAUUAAAAAGUGUAGAAAAUUUUGUUUUGAAGGAAUUCCAGACAAACCAUCAUUAAGAUCAUUGGCAUGGAAAUUGUUACUAUACUACCUCCCACCUGACCGAUCAGAAUGGAGUAUACUUUUGGAGAAACAAAGGUCGCUCUACAAACAUUAUGUUGAAGAAAUUGUCACGCACCCAGAUGAUUCGAGUAAGGAAGAUGAUAACAUGGACCAUCCACUGAAUAUGAAUCCUGACAGCCAGUGGAUCACAUAUUUUAAAGAUAACGAAAUAUUGUUACAAAUCGAUCGAGAUGUGAGACGCUUAUUACCCGACAUUUCGUUUUUCCAACGACCGACGUCGUAUUCGAUUCAUCAUCUUCUGCAUGACCCCGGACCUCUUCCCACGUUAACAAAGCGAGUUGAAAGAUGUAUCUUGGAGUCAUCAACCAUUGGAACAAGUAAAGGGGGAGUGCGGAAUGUGACACAAAAGAAAAAUAACAACGAAGAAUAUACUGUCCUUCCUGAAGGUCAAGAAGCCCACUGGCAGGUUGUCGAAAGAAUAUUAUUUAUCUAUGCGAAAUUGAAUCCCGGUUUAGCUUACGUUCAGGGUAUGAAUGAAAUCAUAGGACCUUUGUAUUAUACAUUUGCGUCGGAUCCUGAUUUAAAAUGGCAAGAGCACGCAGAAGCAGACGCAUUUUUUUGUUUCACAAAUUUGAUGGGUGAGAUACGAGAUAACUUCAUUAAAACAUUAGAUGACUCCGCACAUGGAAUCGGACAAGAUAUGAACAAGCUACUAUGUCUGCUUCAAGUUAAAGAUGGCGAACUUUGGAAGGACCUGGAAUCAAAGCAGAUGAAGCCACAGUUUUUUGCGUUUCGAUGGAUCACUUUACUUUUAUCGCAAGAGUUCAACUUGCCAGAUGUAAUCAGGUUGUGGGAUUCAUUAUUUGCAGAUCCAAAUAGAUUCGACUUUCUGUUGUACGUCUGCUGCGCCAUGUUAAUUUUGGUUCGUGAUCAGAUUUUGACAACAGAUUUCGCUAAAACUAUAAAGUUAAUACAGAACUUUCCACACGACGAAAUAGACAUGGCUACUAUCAUAAGAAAAGCUGCGGAAAUUAAAUCGCCGACAUGCACUGUUUCCUCUUCAUCAGCUCCGAAAACGGCUGCUCCUACGGGGAAGAGUGUUUCUUCACGUGGUAUGAACCUAAAAGCAAGGCUUAUCAAAUUUGCCAGGAGUGAUAAUUCCUCUUGACGAAUUUUUUUUUUCAACUUUUUUGUACGACGAAAGUUUUCUUUACUGAUUGAUGUUCAAUUUUUUUGCACAAAAGUUGAUAAUAAAUUACUUCUUAAAAGAUGGCUUAUUGGUUCAAUUUUUACGCCCGACCUUAGUAGCGUUGGUUUUAAAGGCGGGCGUAAAAAGAAGUGAUACAAUAUGACUGAUCUUUUUUUACGGGUUAUAUUUCGCAGGGUUUUCAGCUUUACUAGUUUUUAACUUUUUUUAAAAAGAAUACAGCUGUUGCAUAAGAUUUUACUUUUAUGUAUAUAUUUUACCAAAAUAAUAAUUUUUUAUAUUUGAUUAUUUCUAUUUUGCUUCGCAUGGCAAGCAAAAAUAAUUUUCACAAACGUCUCUUUAAUAUCUCGGCUCGGCUAAGUAGCCACUGCCGCUUAUUUGAUUACUCGCCAUAUUUUCAUGUUGACAUUAUUUUCAUGUUGCAAAGUAAUUUUACCAAACAUAUAUACUUUCACCUCACGAAAAAUGUAUUUUUUCUAUCAUUGUAUCAAAUAAUACCAAUAUAAAGAAAAUUCAUAAGACAAAUUUGAAACAAGUUGAUGUAAGAGUAUGCUUUGUGUGCCAUAGGGGAUUCGAUUUUAGGUGUAGUGUGAACAUUAACACGAAUUUCUUCUUCGCACACAUAGUAGUUAUAAGAAUUUUUGAGAUAUAAUAUUAUAUUGUAAUAACUUUUAUAUGUAUUAAAUUUAAGAUGUAAAUUAUAUGAAAUUAGAAGAUAACAUUUCACUCAA